AUGGCACGAGGGGACGGUGCGAUGGAGAGGCUGCGAGCUGACCUCUUGCGGCGGGCUCGAAACGAAAGACGAACGACCGAGCAUGAUGAGCGGGAUAUUGGCGUGGCACAGAUGAAUACAGCGGCAGAGGCAUCGACAUCACGGCAGAGAGCCAUCCUGGACAGGAUACCUUCUUUCCCGCCACGGCCUUCACAGCAAACUACAAACGACGAUGGCCCAAAAUCCCCAGAAGAGCCCCCACAACGACUUACAUUCACCUCGUCGAGAUACAGCGAGUCCGGGCACCCUCCGAGUUCUUUGCCAUCGCCAAUUCCAAUGGCACCGUUGGAGUCGCAGCGGCCAUUACCCCCCGAGCCCGUGGCCUCGACAGCACGACCGAGAGAUUCGCUCAGUCACCUUGGAUACGGCAACAACCCCCCCGAGCGGCCGAUGAUAGUCGCCAUCAGCUCCGAGGAUCAGCAGCAGCUGCCAUCCCAGGACGCCGGCAGCCGAGGCAGCAGAAAGCCGCACCCCAGGAAGUUCAUGUUCUGCUUCCCGUGGGUAAAGUCGCGCCACGUCCGCUCCCAGAUCCUGACAUGUUUCGUGUCGGGCAUGUUUCUGGCUACGCUGCUCGCCGUCUAUCUAGGAUUAGCUUUGACCAACCACAUUUCCCGCGGGGAGGUGACCAUCAUGAUCAUACUCAUCAUCCUCUCCGCCACGCUGUUCUUUUGCUACAGCGUCGUGCGUCUCUGCGUGAUUGUCUCGCGCGGCGACAGGACACGGAGGCGACGGCUGCCGGAGAUGAUGGGGCCGGGGGGCUACGUGGUGCCCCCGAAGCCCAUCCCCGUGGUGCUGGCGCGGGACGAGGAGGCCGCGGGCAUUGAGAGCGAGGCGGCCCAGAGCCGACCACCGGCGUAUGGCCUAUGGAGAGAAAGCGUGCGCGUCGAUCCCAACCGGCUGUUCUGGCAGCGCAACGAGGCUGCGGAACCCGUGCCGCGGCGUCCAGACACGGCCGCCGGCCCGAGGCCCCCGUCGUAUGCCUCAGACGACGGCAUCUCGUACGUGGUUGAGGCCCGGCCGCGGUCUAUGGCGCCCCCGCCGCAGACGUACACUGUCUCUGGGGCGGUGGUACCUCCCGUGCCGAGGGCUUGA